AGCAGGUUCCAAAGCCACCUGGAGACACGCCGAAUGGAACUCAUUCCUCCCUUGCUAGUUUUGGUGUGUCACCUCUGAGUACAGACAGAAGUUGCCAUAGGCACCGCGAGCCCGCUAACGACCGUCUAACGGCACCUAAUGGUUCUGCUUGACCACAUGUCAUUACGCCCCCCCUCCAUCCCCAUCAGUUCCCAAGGAGUCUUCUUUUAAUGACUUGAGAAAAGAUCUUGUUCCAAUCUCUUUUAAAAGUCGUCAUACGCGCUUUAUAAGUUUAUAAUAUACCGUGUAAUUUCUAUCGAGUCGAAUCUAGAAGUUAACGGUAUACAGUUGACGGCUUUGUUAUUGCAUAACAUUUCUUCGAGUAAACGACGACAAAGUCUGGAUCGCAUAUGCCAGUGAAUUGCUUCUGGUUUCUCUCUCUCUCUCUCGUCCUCCACCGCCUGGCUAGUCAAGUCAGCUACAGCCUUACCAGUACUACUGCCGCAGUCACGGAUUAUACGACAGUGCCGUUGGAGUCGUUCGUAUAUUCUCUGUUUUCCGUCUCUCCCUACUUCUCCCUGUCCCUUUUACGCCUCGUUUGAAACUUCUCGGAACGUCAGAAGGAUGUCUUGUGUGAGAUGGUGACCUUCAAGCUGUCUUGAGUCAGUUCUGCUUCCGAAUCGAACGCGGGAUUCCAUUGUGAAGUUUUCCUCCUCUCCGGCCGGAGAUAUUAUGGGCCACGCUGGAAGCAAGGAGAAGAAGAAAGGAAACCGAAAUGGAAACCUGGUGGAGGCGUGUAGCAACCCGCAGAAUGCAGCUCUGUCGAAGCAGGGGCUGCAGCCCCCGGUCCUGUCGCAGUUACAGGAUGACCUCACGCCUUUCUGCACUCCGAAAUCGAGUCCACACGUGAAGUCCAAGGAUCAGUCCAGCCGCCCACACUCGAAGGCCACGCCCACCUUAGAAGAGAAGUAUGAGCACAGGAACGAGCACGAGGAUGUUGGUCUUGCGACGCCCAAGGCGACGCCCACAACUGAGAACAAGUCUGCGUCGUAUGCGGCAGAUCCGCCCACGAUCGAGGCUCCAGAGAAGGAACAGCUACAGUGGUAUAUACCAAUGGGUGCCCCCAGCUGUCAUAAAAACAAGCCAGGACGCGUUCAUUCAGCGACCGUCUCCGCCGUGAACACCACAUCCAAAAGCGUCACCGUAGAAUGGUUCGAAAAGGGAGAAACCAAAGGAAAAGAAAUCGAAUUCGAUGCCGUUUUCGCCCUCAACCCAGACUUGGCGCCGCAGGACCAGAAUGCGAUGCCCCCGCCUUCGAAAUUUCAGGACGACGAAGACGAAGAGUCCAGCUUGUCCGAAGAAGCUGACCUGAGCGACUACGUGUCCGGCCUGAACGUUGGCCGCAACACCCGCGGCUCUGGCCGUUUCCUGCGCUCUUCCCAGACUUCGAGCAACGUACCAGCUGGAUACCACCCGCAGAGACCCCCAUCCGCCCACACCUCACACCUACCGCGCCCACCGGGUCACCAAGUAGCCCGGUCUCAGUCAGCCUCCAGACUUACCAUGGAUGAUGAGAAUGGUGACGAUGAUGACGACGGUGAUGAUGAUGAUGAUGAUGAUGAUGAUGAUAAUGAAGCUUACUCCCGGCAAUCACAGCUCAAUCAGCCAUCAGCAGUUCCUGUACCUAGAAAUAAAGAUUCCAAUCGUCCACGCCCUAGUUACGUAGUGAAACCACCUCAGAAUGGAGAAAUACGAACAAAUUCCUUGCAGAACAAGAUUGGUCAAACACCUGCUAGAUCUACUGAAAAUAUAUCAACAUCAACAGUUAGUAAAGCGGCAUCAGUUCCAGCAUCUCGGCGACGGAGUAAUGUUGUUAAAGAAGUUGAUCGUAUACAAAAGAAGAGAGAGGAAAGAAGGAAGCAGCAAGCAGAAAAGAAAGAAGAAAAGGAAGCUUUAAUGAAUCUUGAUCCUGGAAAUCCUCAGUGGGAAUUCCUUAAUAUGAUCAGAGAAUUUAGGUCGCAGCUAGAAUUUAAGACAUUAAAAGAUGGAGAUCCGCUGGAAGAGCAUCAGAUCACUGUAGCAGUUAGAAAGAGACCUUUAAACAAAAAAGAAUUAAAUAGGCGAGAAAUUGAUGUUAUUACUAUUCCCAAGAGAAAUACAUUGUAUGUCCAUGAACCACGCACGAAGGUAGACCUUACUAAGUAUCUUGAGAACCAGAAUUUUCGUUUUGACUAUGCAUUUGAUGAAUCCUGCAAUAACGAAUUGGUAUACAAAUACACGGCGAGACCUUUAGUUCAGACCAUAUUUGAAGGUGGAAUGGCUACUUGCUUUGCAUAUGGCCAAACGGGCUCGGGUAAGACGCACACAAUGGGUGGAGAUUUCCAAGGAAAAAGCCAAGAUUGUGCAAAAGGUGUUUAUGCUAUGGUAGCAAAAGACGUGUUUGUGUAUGAAAAGAGUCCAAAGUACAGAAGCUUGAAUCUUCAAAUAUCAGCAAGCUUCUUUGAGAUUUAUGGUGGCAAGGUUUUUGAUCUUCUAAAUGACAAAGCUAAGUUAAGAGUUUUAGAAGAUGGUAAGAACGUUGUACAAGUUGUUGGCUUACAAGAGCGUGUUUGUGAGUCAGUCGACGAUGUCUUGAAGCUUAUCAGCUUAGGUUCCCAAGUCCGGACAUCUGGUCAAACUGCUGCAAAUAACCAGUCAUCUCGAUCCCAUGCUGUCUUCCAGAUCAUUUUAAGAAACAGAGAAAAGGCACUCAAACUACAUGGGAAAUUCUCUCUAAUUGACUUGGCAGGUAAUGAAAGAGGAGCUGACACUUCCAGUGCCAACAGACAAACAAGAAUGGAAGGUGCUGAAAUUAACAAGUCAUUGCUUGCACUGAAGGAAUGUAUCCGGGCCUUGGGUCGCAAGGGAGCGCAUUUACCAUUCCGGGCAUCAAAGCUUACUCAAGUUCUUAGGGAUUCCUUUAUUGGUGACAAAAGCAAAACCUGCAUGAUUGCAAUGAUAAGUCCCGGUAUGAACUGCUGCGAACAUACCCUCAAUACGCUUAGAUAUGCAGACCGUGUCAAGGAAUUGGGUCUUUCAGAUGAAUCCAGUCAAGAAGGUAAAACUCCAACAGAGAAAGAACCAAAUGAAAAUGGUACUAGUGAUCCUCCUGAUUAUGCCAGGCUGUCAUCCCUUAAUGAAAAUGAGAUGAGUGCAGAUCAACAAGCUUUCCAAGUAGCCAUGAGUGCUCUACAAGAAGCCGAGGAAGAAGUGGUUGACUUGCAUGGACAAUACUUUACUCACAGGGACAAAAUGGACAAAAUGCUUAUUCCUCUUUAUCAGAUGACAAAUGAGGUUGACUAUGAUGUUGAUGCUUAUACCCAGCAGUUAGAAGAUGUGGUAUUAGAAAAUUUGGAAUGGUGGACGCAGCUACAGAAACGUGUUUUGAAACUAAGACUUCAGCUGGAGGAAGAAGAAAAGCUGUCACGACGUCAACAGCAGUAACCAUCAUUAGAAGAUUCCAUCCAUAUAUAACAUACUGGGCUGUGUACACAAGUUUAUACAGUCACAGUGUUAAAUACUUCUUGAAAUGAUUGUUUUUUUUUAGUCACAAAACCUUUUUUUAUUUAUUAAAUACAGCUGUAAGUCAGUCUUGUUUGAACUGAGAUUUGGGAGAAAAGCUAACACUUAACCCACUGCAAAUUUAGCAUUGACUCAAGGUGAUGAACAAUAUUUUGUUACAGAAGGUGUUGCCUGCUGGACUGCAGUACUGAUGACUUGCAAUGUGUAUUAAUUGACAUUUAUAUGUUGUGAGUAAAGCUCUCCAGUCUUAAUAUCUGAUAAACAUAAGAAAUGAAGUGGCCACUCAAUGAUUAACCUUACCAACUAACAUAGAAUUGUUAUGGACAUCACAGAAAGUAUGAGAAGAGUAUGGAACUCUUCUCUUUUGAUGUGAGUAGAUUUUAUGUAGUUGGGAAGUUGAUUGUUACCAGCAGCAUUUGUAUAGCAAUAUGAUUGCCUGCAUUUUGUCUUUUCGAUACUGUAUAAGUUAAAACUUAAAAAUAGGGAAUGUAAGCUCCUGUCCUAGUCGGUAGUCAUAAAAGUAUCAAAUGGCUGGACCAGUUUUGACUGGAGUUGCUUUUUAUUAUUUUUCUUUCUUUUUUUUUUUUCUUUUAGUAAUGCAGAUUAUACUGUUAUCAGUACAGAGGCUGAAUUAUAAUGGUUUGUAAUCAUGAUAUGAGGAGUACUCAUCUUGAGAGUUGGCUUACAUGGAAUAUAUAAUGGCAUCUGCGCACAGCAAUGCAUAUAGCUCAAUGCGGGCCGUAAACCACCACAAACCAAAGCUUCUUGCCGUGCAAGUGUUAGCGGCUUCCAAGCAUUUUUUAACCAGAUGCGUUAUUCCUACACUAAGCGUACGUGUGGUACUGGCCCAGUUCACUGUAAAAUUUAAGUAGUAUUGUGAUAUUUAUUAUACGUUUUAAGAUUGCUCCAAGAGAUGCAGGAAUGGAAUGUGAAGAUUAGUGCUCAGAUUUUUGUUGGAAAGAGAGUUCCAUAUUAUAUGAACAUUAUUAUAAAUAAAUUGAAAAUUAAAAGGCUUCCUUGUCUUGUAUGAUUUACUGUGAUUCACUUCAUUGAAAUUUCAUAUUUCUUUUUUAAUCCCAAAAACUAUGCAUUACAUUAAGCCUUGUCAUCGUGAAUCUUAGUGUUUCCUAUAAGGCAAAUUAGUUUUACCACUGCACUAGUCGUGCAGUUCCUGUCACUCUUAUAACUUAUAUAGAGCAAUCCUUCUCAUUGCUGAGUUAUUAAUCUCACAUAUGCUCCACAUUUUGUAGGUCUUUAAUGUAUUAAAUGUUGGUGAUAUAUCCUGUGAUGUAGAAGAUCAAAAACUGGUUAAUGGAUGAGCUAUUGUGGAUUUCUGUCACACUGUGAUUGUAAUAACCUUUGAGAAGUAUUGCAGUAGUGAAAAUAUAUGUAUCAGAUAGCAGUCACUAACAUUCCAUAUCAUCUUGCAGUCGUCUGAUUUGGGAUGUGGAUAAUUUUUCUUUAAAAUGCAGAUUCCUUGACUUCCUACAUUUUUUUUUCCAAAUUAACAAAUGUUACAUGGGAAAUGGAGUCAGCAAUAUGUUAUUUAAAAGGAUGCUAGCAAAUAUGUUAUAGCUAAACUUUGUGAGGAGGAAAACCAAACUAGUUGCUCUGUAUCAGAGCACCCUUAGCAUAUUAAUCCAGCGUGUCAGCAAUGAACCAUUUUGUCCAUAUUAAGCAUUUUAUGUUCAUGCAAAUUUCAUUUUUUUUUUUUAAUACUGUGAAAGCUUCAUUCAAUUGUCGGUUCAUCCAUUAGGUGAAUUCUGCCUCAUGCUUAUAACCAGUGCUGCCAAAGUAUUCACACUGGUGUCAACUCAUUCAUAAUGAAGUCCACUAUUUUGUAUAUAAUAGGAUGUAUAAAGAGAAAUGCAAGUAACUAAAUUGUAAUCACCAUUACUCCCUCCUUAGAAAUGAUCUUGGGGAACUACCUUUACUUAGUAACUUCACACUGUAACUUGUGUAUUGUCUGGAGAAUCUUGUAUUAUCUGUCAUUUUCCGAGUUACCAAUUUUUCAAUCACUUUGCUCUGGUUGUUUAACAAUAGCCAGUAUCAUUGUGUCUUGAAUAAUUCCAUUUGAUGUGUAUCCCUUAUCUUUUCUAUUCUUGGAGGUUGUCAACACAAUCCUCUGCUUCUGGAAAUGCAGGUUACUUUUUUGUGUGGGUGAAUAAUUGGAAAUUGGAAUACAGUACUACUCGGUUGAAUCAGAAUACUGCACUUUAUUCCAAUGCUUCUUUAAAGAAAAUUUUCAAACUAUAGCUUGAUUCAGUUUCAAAGACUGUUGACGGUACCAGUAAGACAUGACAAGCUUGCUGACUGGCUUCAAUUAUUCUUGCUCAUAAUAAUCAUGCCUUUCAGGGUUGAGAUUAUAAUUUUAACAUAUCUACAGUACGAGCAAAAUUAAUCGCUGCAUAGUUUAUAUAUGCUUAAUAAUGUUGGCAGACCUUGUAUAUUUAUCGAUUGUUGGUGCUUAAAUGGUAGCAGGUCAUUCAUCAUGCUCUGGACUUUUAUUGUUUUUAUUUUAUUACUUCAUGGACACAGAAAAUUUUGUGUGGUAUGAAGUGGAGUUUUGUGUUGAACAAUGGAAGAGCAGGGAGUGUUCUGCUUCUUAAUGUGUGAUUUCUUUGUAAAUUUCUUCUAGGAUUAUUUUUUUACAAUAAACUAGCAUGUCAUAAUAUCCAGGUUUUUUUAUGCUUACGUAUUUUGAAAGAAAAUGUGUAGAAAACAGGAUAGUGAUAAUACCUGUGAAUAUCAAUGUUGCAGUUUUAUGAAGUUCUCUUUUUAACACAUAAAUAAAAAGCACAAAUGAAAUGGU